AUGGAUCAUACGGAAAUUCCGGUGAUCGAAACCGAUGAGCCGCUAUUCGAUGUUCUUCCCAAGCUGUUCAACUUCAUUAGCAUGGCCGUGGGUGAUAUGGCUUACACAUUUGAACAAAUGCUGUACGGAUCCCAAGGGCACCGUCUUAGACAACUGGUCCAUGCCUUGGCGGAUGAUACUCAUAAUCCCUUCAUCAUUGUGGCAUUGAUGAUUCUGAAAUGGGACUUCACCACUGCUACCGAGGAUGACUGGGGACUCAAUGAGAGCCGUGGUGCAGCCUGCGAAUUUGUUGCCUGGCAAUUCCUGUGUCACCUGAAUCAGCGCGAGACAAUUGAGUUUUUGUUAGAAGAGCUACCAACACCGCGGCGCGGUUCGGCAAAUAUCAUUGAAUCCGAAGCAGGUAACUCUGGCCUGGCAUCUGUCCAAGGUGAUACAAGCCAGACGGAAAGCGAGGCCACUCCUCUCUUGCCAAACUCCUCUUCUUUUUAUCGUCUUUUUGGCAGGAAGACGACAGAGACUCUGUUAUCUGGAGCCUCGCAAGAUACACACCGACAUGAGGAGACCUAUGCUGCCCGGAGAUACUCCCAAUUUUUUGGAUUGAAUGCACUGGAAAUUGCAACGAUUGCCCAUGCAAAGAGAUUCCUGAGCCAGCGAGUUGUUCAGAGGGUGGUCGACGGUAUUUGGAAGGGCGAGAUCGUUUUUUGGGAUUCUCUGACAGUAAAUUCAACCAAGAAACCUCAUAUUUUUAACACAAGAACGGCUGAUCCAUAUUCACGCCUGAGAGUACCUCUGUACCGGAAAAUUUUUGAAGCAGCAUUCUUCAUAUCUUUCCUCUUUCUCUACUACGCAGUCCUAGUAGAGAGGAGGCAAGAGGCCGUCGGCAUCUUCGAGGCGGUGAUGUAUGUGUGGAUCGUCGCUUUUGCGUACGAUGAAUUGAGUGGAAUCAUUGAUGCCGGAGUCAUUUUCUACCAAAUGGACUUCUGGAGUCUCUGGAACUUGAGCAUUAUUGGUGUUGGAAUGGCAUUUGUCAUAACAAGAGUUAUCGGGCUAGCGAAGGGCGACAACCCUAUUAUUGAGCUCUCAUUCGACAUUCUCUCGCUUGAGGCUCUGUUUCUUGAUCUGCUCCCUUGUGAGCUUGAAUUCAUACUUCGGCAGUCUAACGAAAGCAUUCUUCAGAUUUUUCCCGGUGGUGGUAGUAUUGACACCGCGUCUGAGAUCUCCCCCAUCUUCGGCUAUGGCUUGAUUGGUUUCUUUUACAAGAAGAUGCUUACUUUCGCCCUCAUGACCAACACUCUCAUCCUAUCAUCCUUGAUCAGUUUGAUGAGCAUGAGCCUUGAAGGGGUGAUGCGCCAUGCCCGAGAAGAAUAUCUUUUCCAAUUGGCCAUUUAUGUCCUAGAAAGCAGCAAUUCUCGACGACUGACAUACUUCAUGCCACCCCUGAAUCUUAUUCCCCUCCUCUGUAUCCGCCCCAUGCGGCUUUUUCUCUCUGCCGGAACAGUUCGCCGCGUUCGCAUUGUCUUGCUUCGAGCCACCCACCUCCCGUUUGUUGCAUUGAUAUGGGCGUACGAGUCUAAAUGGCGACACUCCAAACGACGGAACAGUCAACAUCCCCCAAUGCUGGCACGCGGUCAAGGAACUUCUGAAAACCCGACUGAAUCAAGGUGCCAGGACCCACACCACCCCUCCGUAGUUGAAACAAAUCGCCUAGGCCCUGGAAAAGCACCCAGUGUGGAUCAACAAGCCGCGCGUGAGCUAGACAUGGGGCAAUUUGGGCAAGUACCGCAGUUUGCGGACCUGAUCGACACGAUUGAGCGACUACGAACUCAAGUGGAGGCCAUUGCCCAGCAAAAAUGA